AUUCAAUCAGACGAGCGCCGUGUCAGCAUUACUUAGUAAAAACAACAACAGCAACAGCAGUAACUGUAAAAUGCAGACAGUGCUCAGAAUACUCGCGUUUAUUGGCACGCUGUGUCUAACGAUGUCUUACAAGAUCGAACCGCUGCCCGAUUCCUAUGCCGGCUUAGGCGAGGGUCCCCAUUGGGAUGCGGCCCGACAGAGUCUGUAUUUUGUGGACAUUGAGGCGCCCGCCCUGUUGCGAUACGAUUACAAACAGAAUAAGACAUAUCGGGCCCAGAUCGAGGGCGAGCAAUUGGCCGGCUUUGUGCUGCCCAUCGAGGGUAAGCCCCAGGAGUUCGCAGUGGGCUGUGGCCGUCGCGUCGUUAUUGUUAACUGGGAUGGUGUGGCUCCGGUGGCGAAAGUGGAGCGCACGCUUUUCGAGGUUCAGGCCGCCUUCGAGGCAAAUCGUUUCAACGAUGCCAAAACCGAUCCCCGAGGUCGUCUCUUUGCUGGCACUAUGCGCUACAUUGGGGACGAGUUCGAGCAUCGCCAUGGCGAGCUAUAUCGCUGGGAGCAGGGCAAGCAGCUGGCGGUGGUAAAGACCGAUGUCGGCAUCUCCAACGGCCUAGCCUGGGAUGAGAAGAACAAGAAGUUCUACUACAUCGAUACCACCGAUUAUGAGGUGAAGUCCUAUGAUUACGACAUCGAGACCGGCGUAGCUAGCAAUCCCAAAGUUAUUUAUGAUUUGCGCAAAACCAGUCCCAAGGACCAUCUCCUGCCCGACGGCAUGACCAUCGAUACUGACGGCAACAUCUAUGUGGCCACCUUUAAUGGUCACACCAUUUACAAGCUGGAUCCACGCACCGGAAAAGUGCUGCUCGAGAUCAAGUUCCCCACCAAGCAGAUCACUUCGGCUACCUUCGGUGGUCCCGAUUUGGAUAUACUUUAUGUGACAACAGCGGCCAAAUUCGAUCAGCCCGCGCCCGCUGGCACCACCUACAAGGUGACCGGACUCAAUGCCAAGGGCUAUCCAGGAGUUAAUCUCAAGAUCUAACUGAAUCGGCAGACCAAUUAUAUUUCUUUUCUUUUUUUAAAUCUGUAUUUGUAAUAGAUUUCAAGUGCAAUUAUAUGUGUAUGUUUAUCUGAUCGUUAUAUUUGAUAAAUGAUCAAGUACUCUUGAAAU